AUGUCAAACGCCUUGGCACCAGCAAGGACGCUCUUGAGGAGCGUCCUCGGCGCAUCCGCCCAGCAGUGCCGACGAUGCCUCUCGCAGGCGGCAGCAGCGAAGCACAUCCGACCAGCGACUGCGCCAAGCCCUCUCCAGGCCGCGCGAAACCAAUUCGCGAUGCAGAAGAGGACCAAGGUGUACAAGUCCAUCGCAGAGCAGAAGAGUCGGUACCGAUCAGGGCCCUUUUCCUGGAAGGCCGGUGUCCUGUUCGUCGCCACGGCCGGCGGCCUCAUGUGGUACUUUGAGUUUGAGAAGGAGCGCAUGCAGCGGAAGCGUAUUGCCGAUGCCACCAAGGGCGUGGGCAAGCCCAAGGUCGGCGGGCCUUUCGAGCUGAUCGACCAGAACGGCAACGCGUUCACGAGCGAGGACAUGAAGGGACGGUAUGCACUGGUGUACUUUGGCUUCUCCCACUGUCCCGACAUCUGCCCCGACGAGCUCGACAAGAUGGCGCGCAUGCUCGACCUCGUGGAGGAGAAGCGACCGGGAUCGAUUCUUCCCAUCUUUGUCACGUGUGAUCCGGCACGCGAUACGCCGCCGGUCCUCAAGGAAUACCUGGCCGAGUUCCACCCCAAGUUCAUCGGGCUGACGGGCACGUACGACGAGAUCAAGGCCAUGUGCAAGAAGUACAGGGUGUACUUUAGCACGCCGCAGCACGUCAAAGCGGGCCAGGACUACCUCGUCGACCACAGCAUCUACUUCUACCUGAUGGAUCCCGAGGGUGACUUUGUCGAGGCGCUGGGACGACAGCACUCGCCGUCUGCUGGCGCAAAGCUGAUGCUCGACCAUAUGAAUGACUGGUCCGGCGCGUGGAAGAAGAAUUAG